GACAGCGCAGGCUCCCUAGCUAAAAAAACCAUAUCAAGGACAGACAGCGUGCAUUCGUGUACAACAAGACGCCAAACGAGUCGAUAGAGCCGCCCUCGUCUCCCCCUCGAUGGCCGCCGGCGCCGCCCCGACGACCCCCUCGAAGAUGCGGGCCGUGCAGUACGACGCCUGCGGCGGAGGCGCCGCCGGCCUCAAGCAUGUGGAAGUUCCCGUCCCUUCAGCGAAGAAGAAUGAGGUUCUGUUGAAACUGGAAGCGGCUAGCAUCAAUCCUCUUGACUGCAAGAUACAGAAAGGGAUGUUACGGCCUCUGUUUCCUCGUAGAUUGCCUUUUAUCCCAGUGACUGAUGUGGCAGGAGUUGUGGUUGAUAUUGGUCCAGGAGUCAGUGGAUUUCAAGCCGGAGAUCAAGUUUUUGCCUUUUUGAGCUCAUUUUCUGGCGGUGGACUCGCGGAGUACGCUGUGGCAUCUGCAAAUCUGACUGUCAAGAGGCCUCCAGAGGUAUCUGCUGCUGAAGGCGCGGGACUACCCACUGCAGCCGGCGCCGCGCUCAAGUCGCUUAGGUCUAUCGGCGUCAAGCUCGACGGCACCAGCAAACCCCUCAACGUGCUCAUCACUGCCGCGUCGGGCGGUGUCGGCCUCUACGCCGUGCAGCUCGCGAAGCUGGCGGGCCUCCACGUCACCGCCACCUGCGGCUCGCGCAACAUGGAGCUGGUGAAGAGCCUGGGCGCCGACGAGGUGCUCGACUACAGGACCCCGGAGGGGACCAGCCUGCAGAGCCCGUCGGGGAGGAAGUAUGAUGGCGUCGUCCACUGCACGGUCGGGAUCAGCUGGUCGACGUUCGACCCUUUGCUGAGCGCCGCCGGGAGGGUGGUCGACAUCACCCCAAACUUCUCCACCAUUCUCACGUCGGUGCUGCACAAGGUGUCGUUCGCCAGGAAGCGGCUGGUGCCGCUGCUCCUGCCGCCCAACAAGGCGGACCUCGAGUUCUUGGUCGGGCUGGUGAAGGAUGGCAAGCUGAAGACGCUGAUUGAUUCAAGGUUCCCGUUGAGCGAUGCGAGCAAGGCGUGGGAGAAGAGCAUCGAUGGCCAUGCUACUGGCAAGAUCAUCGUUGAGAUGGAAGGCUGAUCCGUGAUAUCAACGAAGACUUGCAGUGAGAUAUAUACAGUACAACCAGCUUAUAGACAUUACAGGGUUAACAGAUACUAGGGUGUGGCGCCAUUGUACAGAAAAAUCAUGUGUGAGUUUGUUUAUUGGAUUAUGUUUUUUUUCAGUUAUGAUGAUGUUCUGCUUCUCGAACAGUUUAGGAGUUUGUGAAUUUGCAUGAUCAGUAACGUCGAACUACAGUAUUUGCAUAA